AUGCUCGCGCGCUCGGCUCUCUUUGUGCACUCGGCUGAGCUAGCCGCCAAUGCCGCUCGUGCCGCUUCAGGCGCCGCCGCUGCUCAGCCAAAGAAGACCGGAAACCGCAUCAAGACCUUCGAAAUCUACCGCUUCAAUCCAGAAGCGCCAGGAGCCAAGCCGACUAUUCAGAAAUUCGACGUCGACCUCGAUCAAUGCGGAACGAUGAUCCUCGACGCCCUAAUCAAGAUCAAGAACGAGGUGGACCCAACGCUGACGUUCCGUCGUAGUUGCCGUGAAGGAAUCUGCGGAUCGUGCGCCAUGAACAUUGGCGGUGAGAAUACCCUCGCGUGCAUCUGCAAAAUCGACGCGGACACCUCGAAAAGCACCAAGAUCUAUCCGCUUCCCCAUAUGUUCGUUGUCAAGGACCUGGUCCCCGACAUGAACCUGUUCUACGCUCAAUACGCCUCCAUUCAGCCAUGGAUUCAAAAGAAGACUCCUCUGACUCUUGGCGAGAAGCAAAUGCACCAAAGUGUCGCCGAACGUGACCGUUUGGACGGCCUCUACGAGUGCAUCCUGUGCGCGUGCUGCUCCACCUCUUGCCCAUCCUACUGGUGGAACGCCGACAAGUACCUCGGACCCGCCGUCCUCAUGCAGGCCUACCGUUGGGUCAUCGACUCGAGAGACGACUAUGCACAGGAACGUCUUCACCGCAUGCACGACUCGUUCUCGGCGUUCAAGUGUCAUACCAUCAUGAAUUGCACCAAGACUUGUCCAAAACAUCUGAAUCCAGCCAAGGCCAUUGGAGAGAUCAAAUCGCUGCUCACCGGAUUCAAGUCGAAGCCAGCCGCCGAGCCAUCCGCAUUCUAG